AUGAUCAAAAAUCUCAAACGCGUGGGCGGCGCGCUCGCGCGGCGCGGCCGGUCCGCGCCGGCGGCGCCCGUCGAGGCGCCGCCGCCGGCGGGCUGGUUUCCGUGGCUCCUCGCCUUCGCGGCCGGGACGCUCGCGGGCCUCGUCGUCGUCGUCGCGGCGGGCCUGCUCUUCAAGCGCGCCAAGAAGGAGCGCGAGGAGUCAAGUAGAGAGGCGCCCCCCCAGCAGAAGCUGCGCGGCGGCGGCUCCAGCGAGGAGCCGCCGGCGCACAAGACGUCGGCCUUCGGGAUGCAGGGCAAGCGCGCGGCCAUGGAGGACGCGCACGUCGUGGCGUCGAAGGGCCCGGUCACGGUGGCGGGCGUCUUCGACGGCUGCGGCGGCGCGCGCGCGGCGAAGCUCUGCGGCGCGCGGCUCGCGAGCGAGAAGCUCCGCCAGGCCCUCCUCGAUUCUAGAGCGGGCGACGCGUCGCCCGCCAUCGCGGCCUUCCUCGCGAGCUGCGAGACGGCCGUGGACGCCGAGGCCCGGCGCGCGGGCUGGGUCGACGCGACGACGGCCGUCGUCGCGGUCGUCAACGGCGACACGCUGUCCGUGGGCUGGGUCGGCGACUCGCGCUGCGUCGUCGUGUCCGGCGCGGGCGCGCGCGUGCUGACGCGCGACCACAACGCGUCGAACCCGGCCGAGGCCCAGCGGGUCCGCGCGGCCGGAGGGUUGGUGGGCCGCAACGAGAAGGAGGCCAAGGCCUCGAAGGCGACGAAGCUGGCCGCGAAGGUGCUCUCGCCGAACAUCGCCUACCGCACGCACCCGAAGAACCCCAUGCGGGUCUACCCGGGCGGCAUCACGCUGACUCGCGCGCUGGGCGGCCGGCCGCUCAAGAUGAAGUCGAGCUGCCCCGUCGUGGCCGACGCCGAGACGGCCACGGUCCCCGUGGCCGGCGCGACGCACGUCAUCCUCGCGUGCGACGGCGUCUGGGACGUGCUCGACGCCGCCGGCGCCGCGGACGUCGUCGUCGGCGCGCGGCCCGACGACGCGGCCGAGCGCCUCGCGCGCGCGGCCUUCGAGAAGGGCUCCACGGACAACAUCACGGCCGUCGUCGUCGAGCUGCCGUCGACGCCGGCGGCCCGGUCAGAGCCGGAAGCGGAGUGAUCUAUCCCUCUAUCUGUGAACUAAGUAAGAUAAUAUCCGAG